CACCUCGGACGGCAUCGCAGCUGGCCUCCUCUCUCCGCCGAGCCCUCUCUCCCCAACUGCCUGUUAUUCUUCCCCGCCGCGCCGCCCUUAAGCAUCCCAACACUCCGGCCGACUCGUCCAGUCCGCCGCCUGCACCUCCACACCGUUCGCCGGCCACAUCCCAGCCAGUCGCCAGCGGCCGCCUACAGCCCAGGCACCGCCAAACCUCCACCGGCACCGCCAGCACAUCUGCGCGCAGCUUGCACACGCCCGCACAGUACAUCAGCGCCCGCCCUGCUCAUCGGGGUGCUCACUCCGACCACGCCUCCCGCCCGCACCCCCUCCGCGCCGUCGCCAGCCUAUGUGUAACGCCCUCACGGCUACGCUCUAUCCACACCUGCGCUGGUAGCUGAGCAGCUGCCCCUCCCGAGCACCGCUGGGCCUGGCUGGCGAGCCUCCACCGCCAUCAUGGCAGCACCAGCGUCAAACGCCUACGCGCCGCGCAGGUCGGCCGCGUCGCCGACCUCGUCGGGUUCCACAGACCAGAUCAUCGGCAAGUUCAAGCGCCUGGAGCACAUCGGCAAGGGCAGCUUCGCAGAGGUCUACCGCGGAAUACACAUCGAGAAGAAGGCGUCCGUCGCCAUCAAGUCGGUCAACAUGAACAAGCUCAACAAGAAGCUGAAAGACAACCUCGUGUCGGAGAUCUCCAUCCUCCGCAGCCUGCACCACCCACACAUCGUCUCGCUCAUCGACUGCCACGAAACCCCGUCCCGCAUGCACAUCAUCAUGGAGUUCUGCGAGCUGGGCGAUCUGUCGGCAUUCAUCAAGAAGCGCGCGGAUCUCACCAACCACCCGCAGACCCAGCGCAUGAUCGAGAAGUACCCAAACCCACCCGUCGGCGGACUGAACGAAGUCAUAGUACGGCACUUUGCAAAGCAGAUCGCCAGUGCUCUGGAAUUUCUGCGGUCCAAGAACUACAUCCACCGCGACUUGAAGCCACAGAACCUCCUGCUGAAUCCAUCGUCCCUGUACUACUCGCAGAGCGGGACCCUGGAACGCAUGCCGCUGGCUGCUGACGCAAACUCUCUGAUCCCUGCCCUCGGAAUCGAAACGCUUCCGAUGCUCAAGAUAGCCGAUUUCGGAUUUGCCAGGAUCCUGCCAACGACCUCGCUGGCUGAGACACUCUGCGGCUCUCCGCUGUACAUGGCGCCCGAGAUAUUGCGUUACGAGAAGUACGAUGCGAAAGCUGACCUGUGGUCUGUGGGGACUGUGCUGUUCGAGAUGGUUUCUGCGCGCCCUCCGUUCAGGGCGAACAAUCAUGUUGAGCUUCUGCGGAAGAUCGAGGAACGCAAGGACCAGAUUAGGUUUCCCGAAGGUCUUGUUGCGAGUCGAGCAAUGAAGACACUUAUCCGUGCGUUGCUGAAGCGCAAGCCUACCGAGCGCAUGUCGUAUGAAAGCUUCUUCUCGGAUCCCGUGAUCCGCGAGGAAAUCCCCGGUCUUGUCGAUGAGGAUCUGCCGCUUAACAUGCAGGCCUCUGAGCCAGAGCCACCAGUUGAGCCACCGAAGCGAGUCCAAAAGACGUCUGUCGAAAUGGAGCGCCGGACGUCAGAGAGCCCCUACUCACGAUCCCCAAGAGACAGGACCCUCUCCACGGGGACACCACCACUCCGCCCUGCUUCGCGAGCUAGCCCUAGUAAUCUCUCUGGCACACCCCCACGCGUUCCCAGCGGUCAACGGGCGAGCAACACACCUAUCAUGCCGAUUGAAGAGCAUGCACCUCUGCCCGUGCGAGAACAACGCCGCCCAACUCUUCCCAAUGCAAUGACUGCCCCUGCACGCCCCCCUAUGGUGCAGGACCCGUCAAUGGCGAUCGGACACCGUCGUCGCUUCUCCAAGGACGACCCUCCUCCUGUAUCUUCGGGGCUGAAGCAGCAUCUCGAGCGCGAGCGCCUGCCGGCGAAGACAGAGACCGGUGCCCUGAGAGACGCAGCCGAGCGAGCCGCACAAGACACGGCCUUGGACGAAGGCUUCGUCUUUGUGGAGAAGCGUCGCGUAGAGAUUGACGCUCUUGCUGAUGAGAUCGCUGCCAGUCCACAGACUCAACGAGACCGUAUGGUCUCUAGAGAUGGGGCGUUGCGACGAAGGGCCACAACUCAGGGAUCGCCAACUUCUACCACCGGCGCAACCGUCCCUUCGAGAGCAAUCUCUAUCCAGCAGAAGACGCCGACAGUAAUCCAGCGUCCUGGUUCGUAUGAGCGACGUCGGCCGUACCGUCCCAGCUUCGAGAGUGCCACCUCUGCGCUCUCAAAAGCCAUGAACAUGGUGAACAUCCGAGGUCUUGGUCUGUCGCCCCCCACGCUGAAGGGCGUGUCGCCGCCACCUCAGGGCUACGCCGCUUUCCCCGUGUACCCUACCGCCCAAAGCAGCAUGUUGCUCGUUGGCGACAGCGGCAGGACAGCGGCGAAGGACGAAGACAGCACCUCCGUGAAGAAGAUUGAAGAGCUUGCUCAGCUGAGCCAUGUCAUCUAUGGCUUCGCGGAAGUCAAAUACAAGCAGUUGGUUCCAGUUGCACCAAGUGAUCAAGGCCUAGGAGUUGGUCCCACAGGUGUUGCCCGCAAGCCUAGUAGCGAUGUCAUCGAAGAUGAUGAUGAGGACGAAGACCUGACGCCCGAGACGGUCCUGAUCAUCUCUGAGGAGGCGCUCGUUCUGUACGUCAAGUCACUCGCUAUGCUCAACAAGGCCAUGGACGUGGCUGGCAGCUACUGGAACCGACAGCGUCGCGGUAGCACAUCACCCGAGGCAAUGAGCCGCGCAGCUUCAAACUCAGACCGUCUAAACCGAGUUGUGUCUUGGACACGAGACAGAUUUAACGAGUGCUGCAUCAAGUCGGAGAUUGUCGCUCGCAAGCUCAAGCAGGCACAGCAGCUGCUGCCAGAGGACCACCCGAGCCAUCCAGCGAACUUGUCGGUCGCCUCGGGCUCUGCAACCACUGUUGGCUCUGCCGAGAACAUCCUCCUGACGACUGGUGUCACCGCCGAGAAGCUGAUGUACGAUCGGGCACUGGAGAUGAGCCGGACGGCUGCAGUAAACGAGCUCGUCAGCACAGACCUGCCAGGCUGCGACCUCAACUACUGGACUGCCAUUCUGAUGCUCGAAGCAAUACUAGAGGAAGAGGACGAGUCUUCCAGCCGCAAGCUGGACGGCGAAGAGAUCAAUGGACUGGAGUCUGAGGACCGUCAGUCGAUCCAGAAACUCCUCGAGCAGAUGAGGAGCCGCCACCGAGCCCUAAAGAAGAAGCUGGACGUGCAGAAAGCACAGAAGCGCAACUCCAUAACGAGCUCUCCCUACCAAACCAGCCGCAGCUCGCCCUCCUCCCAAGGCACUGCGCGCUAACUCAUUCCGCACGGACCUUGCAUCAGACCGACACAUCAUAGCGAAUUGGCAGCUGCAUUCACGGCGUUUUCGGAUUCAUGGGGGCGUUAAGGCAGACGCCCCUCACUCACAUACUGUUUGUUUUAAUUUGAUUUCAAGUCGCAAUUUCACGGUGUUCUGCGGCGCGGACGCAGUAUACAUCAGCAUAGAUACCAGGUUGCGAAUCCUGCAUUUCUCAUUUCCGGCGUUUGUUUUGGGGUUGGGCGGGCUGGCUGGGUACGGUGGAGUUGGGGUACGGGCUGGCGCAUGGCAACGGACGGGCGGGGAGAAGAUGGAGAUGUACUUAGAUUGGAUCGGAGAGUACUCGGGGGCGGGUGUGUUGCGGGCAGACCUCUUACCUAGUGGACGUAGCAUCGAAUUUGAAUCCUAUCCUAAUCCUUGUCACCAGAGUUUGAUUGCC